CGCGAGCAUAAAUUACGGUCAUUAUCUGGUUAACGGCCGGCUAUUAGGAAAGCCGAGACUGACGCGCUGCUACGUGCGUGUGUUUAUGCUCUGGAUAUCGCAGCUGCACCUGCUGACGCUGUCUCUUCUCUCUUCCACUGUGAUUUUGUGAUUAUAUUUUCGACGGUUUAUUCCUUUUGUUUUCACUUGUGUUCUUUUUCGAGACGUUUGUUCAUGCAGGUGUGCCAUUCGAACGGGUCAAUCAGCAAAUCGAAUUUCGGAGACUAGAUAAACGAUUCGACACUUUCGUUUUUCUUAGAACACAUAUUUAUUCAUAAACAAGGAGGCAAGACCGUAUGGUAAACAUUAAAACAUCAUAAAAUAUCCACACGAUUACGUCCAUUCGUUGAUUAAUCGCAUCGGCUUUUCUCCUCCCAACCAAGCCUCGCAACGAUAACAAAACAAGGGCAGCAGCAGCAGUGGCUCGACGUUUUUAAUUUCGCCUAAUCGAACGAGACAAGCAAUAUCGCGGGCCGCCCGUCCGUCCAUCCGUUCGCGCGCAACAUAUUCGCCGAGUCUAGCGAGUCACCCCUAGGAAAGAUUCUCUCUCUCCCCCGGUACAAAUAUUCCGGGCCGUCCGUCGAGCUGUCACUUAGCACCCCGAGAAAUAAUAUUUCGCCAUCGGUCUAAAGAAGAGCUGCUGUGCUGCGGAACAGAGGGAAGGAGAAGGGUGACAAGGCUUUGUACGGUUUACACACUGCCGCGCGCCUCGGAUGCCUGAAUAAUACAUGUCUGUUGCAGAACUGGAAUUCUCGGGACGCGGGAGAAAGAGAGAGCGUCUUCCCUUGAUACUGACCCCUACGCGACUGAUGCUUUGCGAUCGGGAGGUGCUGGCGCUGCUGAACUUGCGAUUUUGUUAAUGUUACUUUUUUUUUUUAAUGAAAAUAAUCGUUUAGAGGAUGUUGCUAUAUUCUUUAUUAUUCAUUAAUAAAUUUUACUCAACAAGCUCUGCUUGGCUUUUUGAGAAAAUUUUACUCUAUAGCUAAGCAAUAUUUGCUCAAAAUUUCUACCACGUGCGUAUCCCACAAAAGUGAUCGAUAAGAGAAGGACGAUUAAUAAAAGCGAAAGCGGAAAACUAAUCCCUGUAAUAACCGUCGCCUCGAUUUAUUAGGCACGACCGCGACACGGAAGUGCCUUAUAGUACAAAAUGUGUGAGAUGCGAUAUCUCACGCAAUUUUCGACCGAUCGGGCUGAAAUUUUAGGAGAAGUCUCCUUGUGCAAAAGCUAAAAAACUAUUCAUUUAUCCCGAUUCUCUACGUCGUUUUGAAAUACGGGCACAAUAUGUUCGAUUUUUAAGCGUUUUUUUAAUAAAAAUUUUCCUGUGUUGCGAUUAUCUCUCUGAGAGACUUUAGUCAAUCGGGCUCAAAAUUUUGUUGGGAACUCGUCUCAUAAUAGUAUGCUAACGGUCCUAUUGACAUCAAAUCAUGAAAAUGCUUAUAACUCGAGUUUACAGCCCAAAAUCGAUUUUUACAGCUAAAAACCAAUUAUUUGUCAUAAAACAUUACGGAGUUACGUUCUACAUGAAAAUGUUAAAUGUAAAAGUUGUAGACAUGUUUAAAAUACAACUUUUUUCUAUUGACAUCAUAUCAUGAAAAUGCUUAUAACUCGAGUUUACAGCCCAAAAUCGAUUUUUACAGCUAAAAACCAAUUAUUUGUCAUAAAACAUUACGGAGUUACGUUCUACAUGAAAAUGUUAAAUUUAAAAAUUGUAAACAUUUUCAAAAUACAACUUUUUACCGUGGCAAACAUUUUUUUAACACUUUUUGACAUACACAACCGUAAAAGCGAUUUUUUGACACAUAAAUUCAAUAAUAACUUCGGUGCAACAUGCCCCAUCCAACCCAAUUAUUUUCAGCAAUUUUCCUAUAUUAUUAAAAGCUGAAAGUUAUAUUUUGGCCUUUAUCUCAUACUUAUAUACAAAAUUAAACCACUUUAUACAUUAAAUUAUAAAAAAUGCAUAAUUUAGCAAAUACGUAAUCGCCGAAUACAAUCCGUGUAACUUGGCAUCAUAUAACAACGUACGCUAUAUUAAUUAAAUCUUUUAAGCUGAAUCAGUACAAUUCACUUUCAAAAUUCAAGUUAUUAUACUGAACUAGAAAAACCUAAACUCUACGUAGCUUACUACAUCCCUUUAAUCUAUGCUAAAUACCUAAACAAUCAAUUUUCUAAUAUUCUAAUUGAAAUCCUACAAACGAAAUAUCAUCCUUUUGUUUACUCCCUCUUGAAAACUGCGAUACAAAAGUGUUGUAUUAUUUAUCUGAAAUUACAAUAAAAUAAAAUUAAAAUAAGAUAUAUUUUAAGAAUAUCUACAAACAAAAAUAAAUAAUUGAUACAAAUACAAAUAAGUUACUAAUUUUCCAGUAGUUUUGAUGAUAGUGUUGAUGACCGCCAGAAGAAUACCAAUCAAAACUUUGACAACAAUAUUGAAAAAAAAAAACAGGAUAAUACUGUAUAAGCACCGACAGGCAUUACGAACGCGAAGCGCGAGCGAUGCAAGGCGGCAAGCCAACACGGCCGUAAGGUCGCGCGUGGCGCGCUAGUUAUUCCAGGUGAGACUUUACUUGGCUCCCCAAUGCGACCUACGAUCAAGCGCCAGUAGCAUCAGCACAGAGUGACGCACAAACGUCAUCGGAGAUCCGUCUUGCCGACUGAAUGUGAGCCGAGGAGCAUCGUGGGAUGGCUCGGCAGUCGAGAUCCGCUUUGUAGCAGCCAGGGUACGUCUAUUAAGCCUAUGAUUCCCGAAGUAACGUAAAUGACUACGGUUGUGAAGUGACAGCGGGCUAGCGGACCCAGAUCCAGGUCGAACUGGCAGCAUGACAGCCAUUAAUUCGGGCCCGGUGGGCGAGGUGGGCGGCGUCCGACUGCCCCUGCAGUCGCUCCACGGCUACGGCUCGGUCUUCAUGUACUCGGCCUCGACGAGUCCCGGGGGCGGCAGCGGGGGCACCAACAGCAGCGGAGUUACGUCUGUCGGCGGCGGAGGAGCCGGACAGUCGGGGACAGCCACGGGCGAGGUGACCCUCAGGCUUCGAGAGCCAGAGGACAUACCCGAGGAGGUACUCGCUAGGCUAGAGGACACCGCGACACUCUCCAUCUCGCUGCAGGGCGACGCUGUGCUCAGGCUAGGCGCCGCUACCGCAGGAAACGGAAAUUUGGAGCUGUUCGAUAGUGAGAGCGGGCCGGAUCUCACGCUAUCGCCCCAGACGUUCACGUCCACGGCGGAGGCCUUCAUCAAUGACAAUAGCGACAGUCUCGGAGUGCCGGGCGACAAUGACACGGGUAGCGGCGAAGAAUCGAGGCCGGGCGUCGGUGACCCCAGCAAGUUGGGCGUGAAAAAGCCGAGACCCAAGGCUUCCUCGCCUAACCGACAGGGGCCCCAGCAGUGUCAGGUAUGCGGCAAAGUGUUCAACAACGCAUCGGCGCUCACGAAGCACAAGCUGACGCACAGCGACGAGCGGAAGUACGUUUGCACGAUGUGUGGCAAGGCGUUCAAGCGGCAGGACCACUUGAACGGUCACAUGCUAACCCACCGCAACAAGAAGCCUUACGAGUGCAAGGCCGAGGGUUGCGGCAAGUCCUACUGCGACGCGCGGAGCUUGCGCCGCCACACGGAGAACCACCACGCGAGCAACAAGGUGAACGAGAGCACGAGUCCGAGCAGCCCCGCUACGGGUCCGAAUACGCCCAACACGCCUGGGAGUAAUCCCAGCACGCCCAGCACACCGGGAGGCUCAGCUGCGGCCACUGCGACGCCACCAGCUCACGGGCACACGGCGCUCAAACAGCUACUCGCUUCCGAGCCUCAACCUGCUCAGAUCAAGGGGUCUACCGGUCCGGGCGGCAGCAACGAAGGCCUGACGAAGCAGCAGCUCGAGCUGAUCCAGCAGAUAAUGCAGCAGACCCAACAACAGCAACAGCAGCAGCAACAGCAGCAAGUCACUGUUCAGACUCAAAAUCAGACACAGCAACAGCAAAGCACGACGGGGACGACGACGAACGGCCAGGUGCAGAAAACCGGGGCGAAGCCUAUCGUCAAAUCAUCGACGACGAUCUCAGGGCCGAUAGUCAACGCCGUCACUGCGAGUGUCGCCGCCAGCAGGUCUAGUCCUAAGCCUAAGGUCUGGAAUCACGCUCAUCAGCAGCAAGCUCAGCAGCAGCAGGCCCAACAGCAGCAGCAGCAACAACAACAUCAGCAGCAUCCCCAGCAGCAGCAACAGCCACAGCAGCAGCAUCAGUUGCCGGUACAGGCAAACUCCCCGGGUAACAAUAGUACCGGCAAGGUCUCGGGUGGUCUAUCGCCGGCAAGCAACAGCAACAGUUCGUCCUCUCCGGGAACUGCCACCGUCGUCGUCUCGGCCAAGUCACCGGUCGAACCGAAGCCCGUCGAGUGCAACCUCUGCCACCGCAAGUUCAAGAACAUACCUGCGCUCAACGGCCACAUGAGGCUUCACGGCGGUUACUUCAAAAAGGACGCUGAGAACAAGAAGAGCGAGAAGAAGGAGGUCGUGGGUCCACCUCUUCAAACAGCCUCCGUCAGCGUUCGGGCUCUCAUAGAGGAGAAGAUCAUCCAGAAGAGAACGACAGCAACGGAUGCAAACGCAGCAGCAGCGGCAGCGGCAGCCCAACAACAGCAGCGUGCCAACGCGGCGAGCUUUGCCAGCCAGCAGACGACGAGUAGCUCGGCGUCGACGGAGGUCCAAGCACAGCAGCAACCGCAACAGCAACAGCAGCAGCAACCACAGCAACAGCAGCAGCAUGUCAUAGGGAAGAUGAAUUUCGCGGUACCGGCACCGCCACCGCUGGCCGGUGUCGAGAAGACGCGGAGACUCUCCGAUGGCGAGCAUUUCAGACAGCCCAAUGUGACCAUCGCUGGACAUGCUAGUUCCGUGCAGAAACAGCUUCAGGAAGCACAGACGCAGGCGCAGGCUCAAGCGCUCGCCGAUAUGAUUCUCAAGGGCACGACGAAGAUGGCCGUGAAGCGCGCGACCUCGGAUCCAGGGCAGCGGGUCCAGCUGACUUACCAAAGCACCACCAAUGCCCAGCAGCAACAGCAAAACGCGCAGCAACAACAGCAGCCAACCAUUACCGAGAGCUUCACGAUGACCGGAUAUCCCGAGGACGGCGGCUACUUCAGUCCCAGUCUGCAGGACGAAGUGUUCCAACAGGUGACCUCCGUGCCGGACAGCGUACUGCUGCAUGCUACACAAUUAGAUGCUUUACAGUUCCAAACGUCGAGUCUGCUGCAAGACCAGUCGGGCAACGAGACUCUCCCGGACAUCAACUUGGAGGAGCGUUUCUCAUCCCAGCACACAGUCAACCCGGACCUCCAGGCGCUCGUUAAUUCACCCCUGCCAGACUCCCUCGCCGAGUUCAGCACCUACGGAGCCAACUACAACGACGGUUCCCACACUCUGCCCAGCCAGUCGCCGCUACCCUCGCCGUUGACGCGACACGACAGUCCCAGCUUCACUUACCCAACGCCACCGGCCAGCCAAGAAGGUUUACUGAGCGGUAGUCUACCUCUGCUCAGUCCUCAGGAGGACAGCGACGCGGUCCACUCGGUCUCGUCGCCGCUAUCCGCGGCUUUCUACAGCACGAGCAUGUCCUCGGUCGCGGCUAUCGAGGAGGCGCUCAGCGAAGUCCUGCCCGACGAGGCCGACAACGACGGCGCUGAUCUCUACGGCUCCGGAUGUCCCAACCCACACUCACCCUUACCAAGUCCUUUAUCCGCCACUCCGGCACCGUCGCCACUCUCCUCGCUACCACCGUCGUCUGUCUCGUCACCGGGACCGGGGAGCUUCACCACCUCGAGUUUUCCCAUGUCGCCCCAUCACACACUCCAGAGCCAGAUGAUGCCCAACUCCGAAGAUCCUCUGUUGUCCUCCAGUCCCAAGGACUUUGGCGCUGGCAGACGGAAGUUCGAGUUCCAGUCGUACAAGCUCAUCACCAAUCAGAACCUCGUGGACUUUGGACUGGGCAACGGGAGCGUCGCUGGCAUCGUUGUCGAUAACAACGGGGAGUUCAAGCUCAUACAAACCGCGGGCCUGCAGAAGGCGAACGUCUACGUGCAGGCGGGCGCUCUCAGUCCGGCUUUGGCGUUCAGAAAGGAGAUCUGUCAGGUUGGUCCGAAGCUGGAGCAGGGGAACAUUAACGUCAACGUUGUUAACGGCCAGAAUAUGAAUCUGCAGAACCAUAUUUACCAGCAGACUCAAGUUCACCAGCAGGCCAUAAACCCAGCGAAAUUCCUUAUCCAGAUAAAUCAAGCUAACAAGCCCAACCUCAAGCACAAGGCUAUGUCGGUACCAGCAGAGCAAGUCAAGGAAGAAGAGUCUCUCGACGAGGACGUCUUCCUGAGCCCCAGCAGUGUUCCCAUGACGGCCUCGGGUAGUCCGGCUCGUCACUACAAGAAGCGACCGCGACUCGAUGGUCCUAUGCACUGUAACAGUGGUACCAGUAGCUGCUCAGCGAUCAACGGCUCGCACUCGUAUCCGUCGCGAUUACGACGCGCCUGUGAUCGUCACUGGGACAGCAGCUACACACCUCCACCGAUCUUGGAUCCCUCGAGACCAGGUUCUGGGCUCUAUGCCCGACUGCAUCAGAACGAACGUGACUGUGUGGACUUCAGCUCGGACGAUUCACAGGGCAACGACGGACCGCCGCCGAGGAUCAACAUCGGUACCAGGUACCAAGCGACGAUACCCCAGGUGGUCGAAAACGAGUGCGAAAGGCUCGCCGCCACGGAACCCGAGAUGGACCAUCUGCUGUGGGACCCUGGCAUAGACAGUGCCCUCACCGAGACCGAAUUGGAAAUGUAUCUGCAAUUCGCCUGCUGCGCUGCUGUUCCCGGCGGUGGUAGAAAUAAAGAGUAUGCCCUUCAUCUUUUACACAUGUGCAGGGGUAAUAUUCGAGAGGCAAUGCUGAAGCUUAUGAGACCCACGCCGAGUCUAGAAUCGGAACACCCACUUCUCAGCUACGAGUGCCAGGAAUCCGAUCGUUGGACGUCUCACGAAAUGGACUUAUUCUAUCAGAGCCUGCUAAAGUACAACAAGGAUUUCGGAGCGAUAGCUCGGGAAAUCGGAAGCAAAAGCACCAAGCAGUGCGUACAGUUUUAUUACCUGUGGAAACGACUCUGCCCGGACGAGUAUAAGAGGCUGCGAUUGCGCUACGGCAAGCCGAAGAUUCAGUCCGAUUUUGGCAGAGACGGCAAGGAUACUAAGGACCUGUGCGACGCUAUCGCUGCGGUCGCGGAGCUGGACUUCAGUGAAGGAAAGUCCAUACUCCAUCGAACUCUGAUGCAGACGACGAAUGAACGAGAAAACUCGGCUACUUUGACAACUAGCGAAGGAGAAUUGCGACUCUUUGCGUAUGAUUGUCAAGAUAGCUUUAGCGGGAGCGUAACAGUAACGAUGGCCGGGAGCGCCCAAGUCGCUCGUGCCUCAAGCUGCACCGGCAAAGCCGGUGGCGCUACCGGCUACGCCACAGUUGACCACACCAACUCACAAACUCACACUAGUACCGAGCAACAACUACCCGCGCCCACCCCACUUCACUACCCCUGCAAGAUUUGCGGGAAAGUAUUCAACAAAGUGAAAAGCAGAAGUGCUCACAUGAAGUCUCAUCGGCCAAUACCCUCACUCGAUUCAACGGUACAGGAAUCUAGAAAGCAACAGCAGCAGCAGCUUCAACUUCAGCACAACGUGCAACAUAUUCAGCCUAAUCAGAUCCAAAUCCAGACAAGCAGUGUACAAGUUCAGCACCUACCACAACAGCAAAAUCACCUGCUGAUCCAUGCGCAAGACUACUACCAACAGCAUCGACAAUCACAGCAUCAUCACCCAGAUCAGCAGCAACAGCUUCAAGUUUCGUCGAUGAGCUGUAACGUUCAGACGAGCCACGUAUGGCAUAACCCACCAAGACUUCGGCCGCCAUAGGAUGAAAUUCGCAGCGCAGCAACACUCAAGAUACCUUAACGAAGGCUGUUCAUUGAAAACAGCAGGCGCGUGUUAAAAGUGUGAUGAUGAUUGACGAUACCAAGCCCCCCGAUUUAGUCCGAGUAUAGCGAACUCGCCGUGUAAAAGUCGGUAAAGCUGUCGACGACGAGGUAGCUUCUGAUGACAAAACACAUGUAGCCUAAAGGAGCAUAAGAACAUUGUUGAAUAGUAAUCGGCGAUAUUAAACGUUUUGAAUGAUUUUUACAAUGAUUGUACAUUAACGAAUUUAUUUUAGAUAAAAUGAGAUUAUUUCUGUUUGUCAGUCGACGCUGAUUCAAAGACUUUUUAAGAUUUUUCUUAAAACACUACUUUUAAUUGUAUUGAAUGAUGACGAGAGGGACAGUAUAUACGACUGUGUGAGAGGGUGAUUGCGCCGUGAUCGAUCGCGUGAAAAGCAAUGUUUUUUUUUUAAUUACUUUGGACAACUUGGAUUGUUUUUUCGAGCACCGACGAUAAGAAAAAAAGCAUUUUAUUCAUUCUUCGAGGAAUCAGGAUAAAAUGCGCGUUAGCUACAAAAUAGACGCGAACUACCCCCAAUCGUGUUUUUAAAACUUCAUCUUUAAAAUCAAAAGUGGGAUGGAAAGAUCAAAAUCUUUAAAGUGAAAAUAAUCUAUUAAAAUCGCGAAAGCUCCGAGUCCAUCGACUAAAGUGGCCUAAAAACCAAAAUCCUAAUUAAAAAAGCUCCAUGACCGCAUCGUUAAAUUUAUAAUGUAUGAUAUCAAGAGAUGCCUAAGGCAACAAUAAAAUUAAAUGAGAGAUAAAGAUGAAAAAUCAAAGUUACGAGAUAUAAAAAAUAAAUGAUACGUCCUUAUUAUUCUUGCACAUGAGAUUGUUCUCGGAAAUUGUGCCACGUAAAGACAUCGCUGUUACCUGUUGCGUCUUUCUUGCACUUUGUGUACUAUUUGAGUUUAGAUGUUUCCCCUUCUAUCGUUUGUUUUGUAAUAAUAACUCUCGUUUUUUAUUUAUUUUCGCGGCUUAAAAAUCCGAUGAACUUGGCGACCGAAAUUUCUUACUUAAAUAUAAUAAUAUGUAAUAUAUACGACCAAAGGCAGAGAGUAAAGAAUGUAGCAUAUGUGCUAAAGAUAUAUUGUAUCAGUGAAUUAAGCGGAGUAGUUAAAUUAGCAAGGAAUGAAAUUACUUUAGACUUAAUGAUUAAAUGGUGCUUUAUGUAUGCGUUCAACUUGUAUUUAAAAGUGCCGCGUUGGCUUCUCAAUAUAUUUCAGUCGCCUAGUUCACAGUGAUUGAUGGCUCCUCCGCAUACGUGGAAUCCACUUGUUGCACUUACUCUUUUACUCGUGUAUAUAAUAUAUAUAAGGCGUUAGAAAUAACGAUAUUUUUGUUAAUUAACUUUUUGUUUCUUGUUACCAUCUCGUUUCGAAUCUUUGCGCAUUAGUAUAUUUUAUUUUACUCAAUUUUAAAGUAUAAAUUUAAAGUAUAAAGUAUAAAUAUAAAUAUAUAUCAUAUAUAUAUAUAUAUAUAUACACAUACAAUAAUAGUAUCUAAUGUAUAUGUGUAUAGAAGAAAAGUCGAUGUAAUUAAAAAAAUAAUAAUUUAUUGCUCGAACAAUGAGUAUUUUGAGGGAUAAAACGUUGUUCAAGUUUAACGAGACGUGUAAUAAAUACAGAAUUAAAAGGAAAAUAAUACAUGUGAGAGAAAACGCGGUAUACAGAAAUAUAAUAUAUCGAUCGCGAAUUUAAGAAAAAUAAGCGAACAACGGCUUAACAGGAAGCGCUAUCUCAUUUAACAAACGCGUAGUUCACUACGUGUAUGCACGACGAGAGCCAAGUUAGAAUACAAAAUUGAGAAAUGAAUACGACCACUAAAAUAAUGCAUAACGCAUGAGCAUGCCUGUGUCUAUAUAGUCAACUACACGCAAAUGUCUGUGUUCAUCAAUCGUUUAUUAAGUAUUCAUAUUAUUUUAAUAAUGAAUCUAUUUACCUGUCAGUGACGAGUAAUUCUGGCUAGUAUCAGAUUUUAGCUUUACUUUUCGGUAUACCUUUCGUCAGAAAACUUAAUGCAAGACUACUUACUCGUGACAGUCAUUUUCUAGUCCAACAAAUAAACAUUUUUGUUACAUCUUUUAUUUUUCUCAAGUGAGCAUUCGCUUUAUUCAAUACAAUUGCGAAAACUAGUCUUUUUAGCAGUAGUAUUACGGACAUGUCAUUUUUGUUAAUAGAUACUUCUAAGGCUUAAUAUACUUAUUUAAAGCUCUAAUGAAAUAAAAAAACAUACACAAACACACAUGAAUUGAAAACAAUCAAAGUUCCAGAGAAGUACUUUGUCGUAUCUAUGUUCCAAUUAUGUGAUAUUUUAAUUAUUUUUAAACCAUCAACAUACUUUCAAAUUAAUUUAUUCAUGCAUAGAAUAAAAGUUGAACAAAUAAUUUCAUUAGCAGACAACUUAUCCAAAAUUUUCACUUGGUAAACCUCGUUACUCAAAAGAAAAAAUCAAAUAUCCGGCCAAAAUAUUAAAAAUGUACACGAAGAAAAAAAGCCUAAUAAAAAUGUGUACAGCGCGAAGAGACGAUUAGGCAAAUUUUAACAACACAAGUAAUUUUAAAAAGAUUAUGAUGUAGGGUAUCAUUGAAUUGAAUUCUUAAUGUAAUGUUGAAUGUGCCACAAAUCUAUAUUGAAUGUGCGGAGUCGAAUAAGAACGUGAUCGGAGAGAUAAAAGUAAUACAGAAUAAGUUCUAUAAUCAUAUCAAACCAAAAAUCACCUAAAACGUUGUCCUGUCGUAUGCAAGAAAAUUACAACAAGAGUGUCUAAACUUAAAAAAAGGGUUUGAAUGAAGCUUAAGGAGAUUUUUCGUGCAUAUGCAUCAGAACUUCUUGCAAAAAUUUUCUAAAGCCUCUUCUGAUCCGCUUCUUGAAGUUCAAACAUUCCCUUGUUGAUCGUGAAUUAUCUUCGAGUUAGAAAAAGAUAAAUAAAUUUCUAAUUAUUCCUUUGGAAAAAAUAACGAAUGAGACAAAAUAUUCGCAUCAAGUCAUGGAAGCGUGCCAGUCUCCAGCGUGCUUAUAAAACAUAUAGUUCUUGAGAUACCAACCAAAAUUGCAAGUUCUCGGGAAUAGUUAAUUCUUUUUAAGAGGUCACGAUAAUGAUAAAUUGUUAUUUAUUCCGACCGUAGGCUCGGACACGACUUAGUGAAAUGAACGGAAAAAGGGAUAAUGAAAAUUAGCGGACAUAUCAUUUAAGGACAAUACACUAAUUGUUACUGAAACCAAGUUUCUACUAAAUGUAUAAAUAACUAUAAUAUCAAGCAAAAUAAUCUUUAACUAAAAACCAAGUCUUUCUUCUUUCUUUGUGAUUUUUAAAUAGAGCCUAAAAAAUAUAUAAAUAAUCAAAAGAAUUCGCAGUUGUGCAGAUGUAGUCAAGAUGAAGUUACUCACAAAAGAAGAUUAUUUUCAGUCAAUCAAAUAAUUUUUCACGGAACUUAAAAAUAAGGAAGAAAGGCUUGCGGAUGUAGAUGUUUUUGAAUUUAAGGGAUUAACGUUAGGACAAUGCGCUGGAGGCUGCGUUCGUUCAAAAUUAUAAAAAAAAAACACAAAAAGAAAAUAUAACGUAUUUGUGAAAUAGCGCGAAUAAAAUGAGAUUAAUAACGAAGCAAUGAAGCAAGUAACGAAGAUAUUAUGCAUGAAUUGUACAAAUGAAUCCCUCCACGUCACAGAAAAAAGUAAUAUAUAUAUAUAUAUAUAUAUAUAUAUAUGAGAAAUAUUAUAUAUAUUAAACAAAUGGAUAAAUAUAUGUGAUGUAUUUAAACUUAAAUGGUAUGUGGUACUAUAAUAUUACAUAUUUGUAUAUAAGGCGGACCUGUUCCAUCAAAGUAAACCAAGAAGAGAGUUGUACCGAUAAUACAACUGUCGUAUUAAUCGGAAAUAAUAUAAAUGACUUCAACUUAUCUAGGACCGUUGACAUAAAUCUUCAUCGAGUAAUAGUUUAACGUAUUUUUUAAAAGAAAUAAUUAGUCAAAAUUACAAUGUGUUAUAUAUCUUGACAUUUCUGUAACAAACUCACGUUUUUCUAAACACAUAUUUUGUACGAAUUCUCGAUAGCCACUUUUAUGAAAUACAAAAAAUCUAAAGAUACGACUGUUAAUUAUUUACUCUUAUUAUUAGUAAAUAACGAUCACUAUUUGUCUCCUCAAAGUUGUUGAUUUUCAGUUUUUUUUUACAAUCCAUAUAAAAACUCAAGCUGAAAUAGAAAGAUAAAAUUAAUUCAGGAAUAUCAUCAUUAUGUCAUUCAACUGGUCGGACCGUGAAGUAUAUCGGUACAACUCCUUACAAAGUGAGAGAGGGUUAUACACUUGAAACGAAUGUGCUCAAAAUACUUGAUAUAAAAAAAAUACACUGAAAGAUCAACAAUGCUGUCGAAGCGAGUAAAGCUAAAUAUAAAUUGUAAUUCAUCGUCUUAUACCUAUUGCCGACUUUUAAUGUCUAUCUGUCUCUACAACAGCAUUCUUUAUACUAUUCCUAUUUAAUGUCAAUCUAUUAGCUAUAUUUAAACUUUUAAUACAUAAACCAAAAGAACUUAAUGAUGAUCACAUAGAGCUUUCCUAGACUAAAGUGUGUAAACAAUCAGCCAGCUGUAGAAAAGUCGCGUGUUUGCGAGUCGUUUUUCUAUAAACAGAACUACAUUAAUCAAAAUAUUAAACUUAGUUUUUUAUCUGACAUUACAAUAAUUAUACUAUAAUGUCUAAACGUUCGAUAAUACAUUAAAUUUAAAAAAAUAGGUUUUCCAAGGUGCAAAAAUGCACUUGCAUUACGCUUAUAAAGCUCUUCCUUUUCACGCCAUUGACUGUUCUCUAUUUUUGUUAAAAUUUUUAUCCGUAAUAAAAAUCAAAGCUGUAGAUUAGAAGACGAACGAGCAAAGGCUAUAUCAAUAAAUAAAAAACAAUUUUCUAGACAUCGAAACUGUUACCGACUUUUGUGGUGUGUGUGUUAAUAAUCGUAUCAUUAUACAAAUUACGUAUAGCGAUUCAUCAUACUAGUAAUACGAAUUAUAUCGGUUAUUACAAUGCAGACACCCUAUCGUUGCUUUUGCACCAGUCUGCUCAACUCUAGUUCUAAAUGAUAACGAACUUACCAUUUCUAUCUACCUACUAAAGUCUUCGUAGAUUCAAGAGAGAAAAAAAUAGUUCGAUCCAUGUAGCUGAAAACAAUCACUAAACUUCCUGCCCUUAUGAAAAGUCAGUGUUAGAAUAAAUCUUUUAGGAGCGUAUUGAAGAAAACUGAGCAAUAAAUCAAAUAAUUUUCAAACAUACCUUCGAGAUCGAGGAUUUUUAUUGUAAUUUUUAUUGGUUGUUAAAUAGAAACUUGUUAAAUAUGCAUAUUCAAAACUUUCAACAAUUUUAAUGCGCUAAAAUUUAUUAAUCUUGAAUUUAUAACUUUCUAUGAUUAAACAUUUAAUUACAUAUGAAUACUUAAAAUAUUCGUGAACUAAUUAAAUAAUUUACACUUUAAGCAAUAUAGACAGUAUUUUUUCUGACGAAAAUAAAUUGUUGAAUCUAUAUUCUCGCGAAGAACUACAGCUGGCAGUAUUAGCAAUUUAGUAUCUCGAUCAUGGAAUCGACCUAUUUCUGAAUAACUUUGCGCAACCUUUCUACAUUCUAUUUAUUUCUCAUUGUUGCAUGUAUCUUGUUACUCAUUUGUCAUUGCGUAUAAUUACUUCUAAAUUACUCAAAACUACACCCUUUUUGUUUUUAAUGUAAACGUGUUUGUUUUUACUGCGAUUGUUUGUCAGCUACUUCGUCUGUGAAGUCCUCAUUCUUUACGCACAAUGCAUAAUGUGCUACUGAGAAAGAAAUUUAGUCAAUUUCAAGUGCGAUAAGGUAACGAGUCGUAAAGUUGUUACGCGGCCCACUUAAUUAUAAAUAUAAUAAAUAUGAUGCCAAAGUUAACGGAUAAUCUCAUCCAUCAUAGGGUACACGAAAAGACAUAGAGACCUCUCGGAGAGAUUGUGAAUGGGUCAUUGUUGAAAAAUCAAAAACAUGGAGCUAUUGCUUAACUUAUACUUUACGAGAUUUCAUCCUAUAGUUUCGUUCUAAUCGUAGAAGAAUAGUUGUAUCCAAUUUAAGUGUAAAAAUCAAUGAGUUUGGUUGAUAAUAGCUUCGAAUGGAAACCAAAUGUAUAAGCUUUGUCAGUCGAACAAAGUCGCCAUAAAAAUUUAACCGAAAAGACUUAUCAAGGAUAACUGAAGUAAUAAUCGAAAAAAAUAAUAAGAACAAUCAAAAGGUACUCGAGAGAAUUCUUGCGUGUGCAAGUUCAUAUAGUACCGCGGUGGUGCAAGCACAAAAGUGUUAACUGAUCAAAAGCAAAGAGCAAAUAAAUGAAAAACUAUGAUGAAAAUAACGAUGACCAGUAAGCACACAGUUUUAGCCGGAAAGGCGAAACCUUCGCGCAUCAGUAUUACGUUAAAGCGAUAAUCAUAUAUUACAUUAGUACCUAUAUAUUAUAUUGCGUAUACAUACAUACCACUUUAUUUAAUAUAUACACAGUGUUUAUGGAAGCGAUAUAAUUCUUAUAAUAUGUAUUGAUGCAAGAGUAUAUUGUAUACCUACGUAAGUUGUACAGAGAAUAAAAAGGCGGCAUAUAGAAGCGAAUCAAUGAAAAAUGUACUUUGGACUCGCUAGGUAAUCUCGGUGUUAUUUAUUAAUUAGCAAAACAAAGAAUCGUAUAUAAGUAAAACAAUUAAAUAAAUAAAUAGGAUCGCGUUCCCUCUCUACCACGAACAUGUCGACUCUAAAAAAAAAAAAAUAAUAAUAAUAAUAACUAAUGCGUAAUUCUUUCCUUUCGCCAACUAAACACCUCUGGGCAAGUAAAAAAAUCUAACGUAAUAAGUGUGGAUACAAAGUAAAAUGAAAUAUAUCGCUAACUCAGAAUCGUAAUUUAAUGAUAAAACGACAUAUUUAUUUACACUCUCAUUGUUCGUCCCGUAUUACAGUCGUGGUGCAAUGACGCAAAAGCAGAGAAGUAUAAGAAAGUUAAAAGUGAAAAAUACUUCUAUUGAAUUCGGGCUUCUUUACUGUGUAAUCCAAAUUAGAAGGAAGUAUAAUAAUAUGAAAAAUAGAGUCGAAAUACGAUAAGAAGAGAGACAGCGAAUGACCAUGCGGGCCUCACGAAACGAAAAAAAAUUAAAAACUGAUAAAAGUGAAGUAAAGAACCUAUUUAAAAAAAUAUACUGCUACGAGGAUAAAAAAAGAGGAUAAAAGAAAAAUGAUUUUAAUACUCAGAUCUAUAACAAAUAAUCUAAUGUCGUUUAUAAAUGAUUAUAUAUAUGAUGAAGUACCGAAUAUAUAAAGAAUAUAUUAUAUAUUAUUACAACAUUGCAUACAUAGUGUAUAUGUACGAUGUGCGACGAUACAUAACUAUUUUCUUCUAUGGAUAUUGUGAAUGACUGAUGCGUAUAUUAUUUUUCACUGAGCCGCCAGCUUCGUUUUCUAUUCGCUUUUACGGUCUUUUCCAAAAUAACUUUAAUAAGAGAUGACAAAAUUGUGAGAUACGACAAGCGGGCGGCUACUGAGUUAUUGUAAAUGACGAUUGGAAAUAACAAUUAAAAAAAACGGAACUGGCGGCCUACUGGCUACUUCGACACCGAGCUAUACCAAAAAUUGAAGUGGAUAUUAUAUAUAUUAAACAAACAAAAAAUAUGAUGUGUAAGCCAAGUGCCUUGCGUUCUGGUAACUAAUCGUUGACUUUUAACUACGAUAUUUAAAUAAAUGGCGAUAAAAGAAAACGAGAGGGAGAGAGAGAGAAAGAGAGAGAGAGAGAGAGAGAGAGAGAGAGAGAGAGAGAAAGAGAGAGAUAGAUAGAUAGCGCGUCAUAUGUGUGAAAGGAAUAGAAAAAUACUUGCCAAAAUCGAUGAAGAGCGCGUAGAGGAAGAGUACGUAGAUGCUUUUAAAUAAGAAAAGUGAUCGAUUAAGAGGCUUCUAUAGAUGUGAGAAAUAAUAGGUGGUGAAUGAAAUAUUUGCAUUGAUAGUGUGUACUUUUAAAAUAGAGUCGCUGUGUAAUCGAAAAAAAAUAAUGAACAAAAAAAAGAAGAAGAAAUUAAGACGCACGCGAUUGAAGCAAAACAUAGAACAAUGGUGUUUAGGCUCUAUUCGAGUGAAUAUUUUUCUUGAAAUAGCUAAAUUUUUUAAACUCCGGAAAAUGAAAAAAAAACAUCAUUUCUAUACGUAUGAUAUAAUUCGGGCACACGCAAUGUUCAGAACAAACAAAAGUGUAUUUUCAAAGACGACGAUGUUCUUCACCUGUUGAUAUAACUAAUACUGAAAAAUAGUCGAUGUUUAUUUUGCGAAGAGUUCAGUCGUUUCAAUAUAUAAUGACGUCGGCUAGGAUAUUUUGCUAAAGAAAAAUAAAAGAUACACCGUACGAUCGCCAUAAACUAUCAGAGCUCGAAUAUUCAUCAUCGCAUAUAGAAAGUGAACUAAAAAAUACUUAAACAUUAUACACGUAACAAAUAAAACAGACGAAAGUUUGUAUACGCGUGCCAAAGGAAUAUGCGUUUGUAUAUGGCGACAGUGACCGUCUGCACUUUAUAUGAUUCCGUACUUUUUCACUGCCUAUCGAGCAAAAAGUUUCUCGAGAAUUAUACGAAAAUUCAAAAAUGUUAUACAGCUCGAGCACUUUUUGAAAGAGAUACAAGCACCUUAUACGCUUUAUUUGACACUUAACGUACUUACAGAAACAGUCAAUCGAGAGAAUUUCAUCAUAACGUAUAUUGAAAUCGUUUAUCGUCAAAAUCGAGUUUAUUAUUUAUCUUGUUUGUUAUUUCUCGUCAAUUCAAGCACACAAUCACAGACAAACAACUUAACAAACGAUAUGUUCAAAGAAAGAACAAAAUAACGACUCGGCUACGCAAAAAAGAAUGUAACCCCCUAAUGUUAGCAAGACCCCCGAACGGGUCUUUUUCAUUUUGUCGAGAACCAAACAAUACGAGCUGAGCCCAAACAAAUCCUUUAUCUCAUAGAUAUUGAUAGAAUUUAAUGAAAAAAACUUUCACUUCCUGCUGUACAAAUUAAGCAUCUUACGCAAGGAAUUGAUGUACAUAAAGGAUACAACACUAGCUGUCGAUAUUAGCCAAGUUACUAAGCGUCGACUGUCUUAACAGGAGGAUAAAGGAAAUUAGCUCUGGACUAUACUUUAACGCUCGAAUUUUCACGACUAUCGCGCAAUCGGCACUGAGCUCACGAAUUUUCUUUCGUUCAGUAAAUAAAAUUCUGAUAUAGAUGAGAAGUUUUUUUCGUAAAAAAUUUUAGAAAUUUAUUUCUCGAUACUGUAUACAAAUAUAAAGAUGCAAAAGUGACAAAACAAAUUUUCAUACCGAGAUGUGUAUAAGGAAAAACUGGAAUCGUGAGCAAUAUAUAUACGAAUGAAAAAGACCCUGAGCAGACAAUCCUCCUAGUUACGUAGACUUUAAACGUCUUUGUGUACGUGAGAAUAUGAUAAUUAAGCGUAUGUGAGAAAAAGUAUGCGUAUAUGUGGGAAAGUAUUAAUUUCUAAGUCGAACAUUAUAUAUAUCUCACUGCUGCGCGAGAAAUAUACUGAAUGAGUGAAUUUGCUAUAAGAUAGCUCUCUCUGGCCAAGUUUUUUCGUCACCCCCGUCGUCUCUCCUUCAUAAUAUAUAAUUGAUUGUAUGUACCAUGCGAAUUAUAAUUAUAUAAUUGUUAUUGCCAGUUGUAUAUCAAUCGUAAUUAUAUUGCAUUACUAAAAUGCGUACAUGACUGUGCUCGCGGUUAUACGCGAUAGCGCAAGCGACACACAUGUACACACGCAUCAUUUUUCGCUUCGAUGAGAGAAAAAAAGAGAACACUUUCAACUGGCAUUCAGUGUAGUCGAUUGUACUUUACCUUUAAGUAUCUCUCACGCACGACUCUGUAAUGGCGAGGCAUCUUUUUUUGCCUCUCCGCGCGAGAUUUGUAAGGCAAAAACGUAAGCGGAACUUUCGUGUUGUUCUCGUAUUAUAUAUUGUUGAAUAUAUAUAGAGGGAAUGAAAAAUAAAGAGGGGUAUUAACAAUUGUGGCAAAAACAAAGGAAGGCAAAUUGAUAACUAGGACUGUGCGGGCGGAGAGGAAACGUCAGCUCCCGCCGAAAUUGAAAAGAUUGUUGCUAUUGCACGUAUUUUUUCAAGAGAGAAAAAAAGAGAGAAACGAAAAUCACACGGCGAUGCGAUAUACUUUAUUUCUUUCGAAUCGCUAACAAUAUAUAUGUAACAUACUUUUAUGGCGCUAUUUUAUUUUUAGACACAAUUGGAUAUAUAUAUAUAUAUGAAUAUAUAUAUUUAAAUGUACGAUAAAUUAAUCGUCUCGCGAUAAAAGAUCUUAUAAUUCAUCGUUACGAUAUAGCGAAUUUGUUCUUCGAGUGCGUGAGUGUGUAUAGCACGGGAAAAAAAAUUUUGUGCGUGAUGUGAAAAGAGACGCGACGAUUGAUUUUCUCGAACGGAGGACUUGUCUAUAUUAUAUGUGAAUUUUUAAACUGAACACAAAUAAAAGAAACAAAAAGAAAAAAAAAUUAUAAUAAUGUAAUGAAGUGAAAAAAGGAGAAAUACGAGUCCCUCGGUCACUUGCGUCGCACUUUGAUUGCAUUGUAUAAUGAGCGUAAUUUUUCGAUUACGUUAUGAUACUUCUGUAAAUUGUCAGGAUCGAAUAAAUUUGUAAGUGAAAUCCAAUUUACCCACUGCGUGUGUUUGUCAUAAAUAUGGGACGAGCGUCCGUUACUUCGCAUUUCCUUCUUAUAGCCACAGCAGUCAUUUUAAAGUUUUGAAAAAUCAAUGAUUAUUAUUUACCAUUACUUUGCUUCUUUAGAUACGAAAUGAAUAUAAUAUGCUCUUGUCGAAAUUCGGAGUCAGUUUUCAAAUACGUAGGUGAAUGAUUUUUCGAAAGAUUAAGAUGAUUGUGAUAACAAAUGCUCGUCUAUCAACUCGCAUUCAUUCAAAAAAAUACAUUUAUCUCCGUUUUAUACGCUUACAAAUAAAGUCUGUGCCAAUUUCA